AUGGUUCUCCCAGUCGCCCAUCCCACCAAGUCUUACUGGAUCGAAGCCGCCGAAUCGCCGCUCCGGGACUUCCGUUCUAGCGACAGCCUCCCUGAGGAGGCCGAUGUCGUGAUCGUGGGAAGUGGGUAUGCCGGUGCUUCAGCAGCAUACUGGAUACACAAGUCUACAGAGAAUCAGGCUUCGCAGCCCCAAGUGGUCCUCUUGGAAGCACGAGACAUCUGCAGCUGUGCCACGGGCCGGAACGGUGGCCAGCUGCGACCACAUGCCUAUUCUCGCUAUCUGCCAUGGAGGGAAUGGUUUGGGGCGGAUGGUGCUAUGGAGUUGAUCAAGCAUGAAAUGGCCCAUCUGCCCGCAUUUCAAGCCCUGGCUGAAGCAGAAGGCAUUGCAGAAGAGGUCUGCCUCCAAUUCGGCGAAACCUUUGAUGCUGCCAUGACCGACGAGGCCUGGACUCGACUGAAAGGGAACUAUGAUGCGAUGAAAGCGGAUCAUGGAGACGAUCAUGAAGUUGUUCGAGCGUGCAGACUCAUCGAAGAUGCCCUGGCAGCGGAAGAUUUCUCGCAAAUGAAGGGAACUCUCGCCGCUGUCGUGCAUCCCGCAGGACAGAUAUGGCCCUACAAGUUCGUGCAUGCACUGCUCCGCAUCGUUCUGGCAGCCGGCAACCUGAAUCUACAAGCACAUACUCCAGCACAAGCCGUCUCGGAGCGUGACGAAGAUGGCUGGAUCACCGUCCACACGGACCGAGGAGUGAUACGAACACGAGCAGUCGUGCACACUACGAACCGAUGGGCAUCUCAUCUGCUACCCGAGUUCAGUACACUCAUCCUCGGAGAUAGGGCACCGAUGGCCGCGAUCCAAGCGCCCGAAGGCUUCAUCAAACAUACCGGCGCUCAGCAUUGGGAUGCGUCUGUCAAUAACUACCACUUGCAACUACCACCGCCGUACAACACGAUCAUUUUCGGAGGCGGUAGACAAUUCCUGGUACACCGACCCGACGCAUGUUUCCCCAAUGACGAAGAGGACAAGCAAGUCGAUGGCUUUGCGGACUUUUGUCACACCUGGCCUGCAUCAGACGUGAAAGGCUGGCCCGAUAGCAAAGCCGCUGCAUUCAGCAAAGAUGCGGAUCUCGGCGGAGUGUGGACAGGCAUUGAGACCACGACCAUCGACUCCUUUCCCUUUGUGGGUCCCGUACCCGGUCGAGAAGGACAUUUCAUUGCAGCAGGUUUCGUCGGUCAUGGCAUGCCACGCAUUCUCGGCUCGACCGCACACAUUACUCCUCUCGUCCUCGACUGGCUUGAAUUCAAGAACCACCACCUACCUUGUAUGGCGGACGUCUUCCCACCGUUGCCAGCACCGUUCCUGGCCACGGCGGACCGUGUAGAGCGAUUAGUGAAAAGUGCAGAUGUAUCUGCGAAAGUAGAAGCAUUUCGAAAGAGUUGCCAGGAAAGCGCUGCAAAGGCCUUUUGUAAUGAUGCGAGAAGUCGACCGGUGAAGUCUGCGCUCCAGAAGAAUGACGAGGAGAGACGAGAUAGUCCCGUCAGUACGUAGCCCUGGAGAGCGAGCGUGGCAGACUGAUCUGUUGUUGUUGUUGUUGUUGUUGUUGUUUAAACGUUGUUGUAGGAUCUGGAUAAUCAUGCAUAUCAAGGAUCUUCC